AUGUCGAACGGUCUUUCCCCACAGGACGCUAAAAAGCAGAAAACGGAAAUGUCCACUCCUUGGAGCAUCCAAAAAGCAACUAAUGUUGUCUACCAACAGCAGCAUGUGUCAAGAGACAAGAGAGGGAAUGUGCUAGGACAGCGUGGUGGCUUCAGAGGUUGCACUGUAUGGUUCACUGGUCUAUCUGGCGCUGGCAAGACAACCAUAUCCUUUGCCCUUGAGGAAUAUUUGGUUGCCCAGGGUAUCCCUACCUACAGUUUAGAUGGGGAUAACAUCCGUACUGGACUCAACAAGAACCUCGGCUUCUCUAAGGAAGACAGGGAAGAGAACAUCCGUCGUAUCGCUGAGGUGUCCAAGUUGUUCGCUGAUGGUGGCAUCGUCUGUCUCACCAGUUUCAUCUCUCCUUAUGAGAAGGAUCGUGAAUUGGCACGUAAACUCCAUGAAGAGACAGGUCUCCCAUUCUUUGAGUGCUAUGUAAACACCCCCAUUGAGGUCUGCGAGGAGAGAGAUGUUAAGGGACUAUACAAGAAGGCAAGAGCUGGACAAAUCAAAGGAUUCACUGGAAUUGACAAUCCCUAUGAACCACCCUCCAAGCCAGAGUUGAACAUCAAGGCUGGGGCCAGCAGCAUAGAUGAGUGUGUUCAGGAGGUUGUCAAGAUGCUCCAAGAGGAGGGUAUUGUGCCAAUUACAGCCACCCAGUGUGUUAAGGAAUUGUUUGUCCCAGAGGGCAGAGUAGAGGCAGCAAAGACAGAAGCAGAGUCCCUACCCAAUUUGGAGAUCACUAAGUUAGACACACAGUGGGUGCAAGUAUUGGCUGAGGGAUGGGCUACCCCCCUCACUGGCUUCAUGAGGGAGAGGGAAUUCUUGCAGAGUCAACACUUUGGAUGUCUACUGGAUGGUGGCGUUACUAAUCAGUCCAUUCCAAUUGUACUUCCUGUUCACACGGAGGAUAAAGAGAAAUUGGAUGGAUGUUCGGCCAUCUCUCUGUCAUACGAGGGCAAGAGGAUUGCGAUAUUGCGGACACCAGAGUUCUAUGAGCAUCGGAAAGAGGAGCGGUGUAGCAGACAGUUUGGUACGAACAACAUAGGACAUCCGUAUGUUAAGAUGAUACAUGAAAGUGGGGAUUGGUUAUGUGGAGGUGACCUUGAAGUCAUAGACAGGAUUUACUGGGGAGAUGGCCUGGAUGAAUACAGACUUAAACCAAAUGAACUCAGAGCAAAAUUCAGACAAAUCAAUGCUGAUGCAGUGUUUGCGUUCCAACUCCGUAACCCCGUACACAAUGGCCAUGCCCUACUGAUGCAGGACACACGCAGGAAGUUACAGGAGAGAGGAUAUAAGCGGCCGGUUCUACUAUUACAUCCUUUAGGUGGUUGGACAAAAGAAGACGACGUUCCACUUCCAGUACGUAUAGAACAACAUUUGGCAGUCAUGAAAGAGGGCGUUCUAGAUCCAGAUCUGACAGUUAUGGCUAUAUUCCCAUCACCCAUGAUGUAUGCAGGACCAACAGAGGUACAAUGGCACGCCAAAGCCAGAAUGUCAACAGGGGCCAACUUCUACAUUGUGGGGAGGGAUCCUGCAGGAAUGCCACAUCCAGACACAAAGAAAGAUAUAUUUGAACCAACACAUGGUGCAAAGGUACUCACAAUGGCCCCAGGUCUAACACAGCUAGAGAUAGUUCCAUUCCGAGUAGCAGCAUACAAUUUGAAGAAGAAAGCUAUGGACUUCUACAAUCCAGAGAAGAAAGAAGACUUCCAGUUCAUAUCAGGCACAAAGAUGAGAGCACUAGCCAGAGCAGGUGACAACCCUCCAGAUGGCUUUAUGGCCCCUUCAGCUUGGAAAAUCAUGGUGGAUUUCUACCAAUCAAUUACCAAAGCUUAACCAGGUCUGACCCUAGAGAAUAACACAGAAGAAAUGUUCUACUGACAUUACAUUAAACAACAGUAGAAGAGGACUCAUCACAUGGCUGUUAUAUUUAGUUUUUAGGGACAUACACACUUUGGCUUCACAUUACCGACAUCUAUUGACAUUUUUCUAUCUAUGAAUCUGUGGUAGACAACAAAAACUGGAUUUAUACAUUUUGGAAGCGAUCUACAAAAAAUGGACAUUCCUGAUAGUGUAUGUGUAUGAAAAUAGUUGUGUUUCAAUAGUAUGCCCAUUUGGCCAGUUUUCAACCAUUUGUGUGAAGUUAAAAGGUGUGUGAUGCUCUAAGGAAUUAAAUCACUUAUUUUCAUUAUGGUGUGGUAUAUAUAAUCAAUAUAUAAAUGUACUCAGCGCCCUGGGCCCAGUAGGAUUAUCAAACUGUAUACAUUUUUAUGUUUAAGUGUGUGUAGUUCAGAAAUAUGACUCAACAAAAAUUCAUCAAUUUGCGCCUGAAUUGAAAAAAACAUGAAAAUGAAAUGUUUACAGUAUGUUAUAUUCUUGAGUAAUUUAGAUAUCACCAUUUCUGUCUAUUGAAAUAAAGUGGGCCCAGUUUGGAGUCUGAAAAUAACAAGUUUAAUUCAUGAAUUUACACUGUACAUGGGCUGAUACACAUUCAGCACAUAAUAAGGGGCACUAGCUAAUUCAACUUGUUUAUUUAACUUGUUUAUUUUUAGACUUCAGGUGUUUGAAUAUAUUUACAUUAUUGCUUAUAGUUUUAGUUGAUGCGAUCAAAUUAAGUAUUUUGUUUAUCUCUUCGUGGUGUUUCAGUGAGAAAAGCACCGUAAUGGAAAGAUCCAGAUUGUGAUGGAUAAUUUUAUGAUUUCAAACUGAAGAUUCAAAGUUCAUGAGAACUGUGUGUAUUUCUCAUAGAUGCAAGAUUAUUACUCAAAUACAAAGGCUGUGAACCUAAUUAAAAAGGCUGUGAAACCUUGAUAUUGUGUUGUCAUAGUGAUAUCUCAUAUUAUACAUGUUCAUGUAGUGAUAAGUGUUUUUAUAUAAUUUUACAUUUUACCAGGAUUCAGUCAUACGAGGGGUGUUCUAGGGAUAUUUUACAAUGCAACAAAAUAUCAGAAUUUCUGGAACACCCCUUGUUAAAAUGUGAAUUGAUUAAAAUUGUACUUAAAAUCUACAUACAAACAAUACAUACAAUAGUGCAAUUCACUGUUAUUAGGGAAUAAUUGAACUUUUAGAUGAACUUUAUACAAUGAGAAAAUGUUUUAAACUUUCUGUCAACUUUAUCCAAUUUGAUAUUACAUGAGAAGAUAUGAAUAUUGUCUGUGAAUAGUCAGUGUAGAAUCAUGAGAUUAAGAUAUGGUAGUCAUGCAUUGAGCCUUGUCCCCCCCCCUCCUACUCCAGCUUGUGCAGAAUGAGAGGCCAUAGCCAGGGUAUAAAAUAGGCGAGGCAAAUAAUAAAUAGGUGAGGCAAAAGACUAAAGGAGGUAAAUUUUGGUGAGGCGGAUGCCCCCUUGCCUCACCUGCCUCAUGGCUGGCUACAUAUAUGAAAUGUUUUCUUAUCUUUAAUUUGGGGUAAUGCAAGACUAAGGCUUAAUGCAAGACUACAGAUACGUUCUAGUAUGC